AUGAUAGAAGAUGAAGAGUUAGAUGAAGCCCGUGAAAACGAAUCAAAAUCAAAGCUCAGACUAUCCCUGGAGAAGUUCACUUUCCGUUCUCCUCAGCCGUCACCCAAACCAUCAAGGCGCAGCGAACGAGGUAUGGCUUUGGAAGAGCCAGUGCGAGUUAUAUCCAGACUGCCUAGCCCGGUAAAGAAGAGGCAACUCACCACGGCAUUAAAUGACUCUCCUACGAAGGCGAAAAAGCAGCGAGGCUAUGCUGGUCCAGAGAAAUAUGCGCAUCUGGAUCACCUCACAGACUGCCUUGGAGAUUACCUAGACGUGCUAUUCUGCGGGAUAAACCCUGGAGUGCGUUCUGCAACAGAGGGACAUCAUUUCGCUCAUCCCGGAAAUAGAUUCUAUAAAAUGCUCCAUGGAUCAGGCUUUACAGAUCGUCUCGUCCCUCCAGCGGAAGACCAUACUUUGCCUGCUUUGUAUAACAUUGGAAUAAUUAAUUUAGUCGAUCGUCCUUCAAGUUGCGAGGACGAGUUGUCAUCCAAGGAAAUGGUAGAAGGCGUACCGUCCCUGCUCCGGAAAGUUGUAAAAUAUAAACCUCGAUUCAUAUGUUUCAUCGGAAAAGGCAUGUCUGAAAGGGUUGAGAGAGGUUUUAAGCUUGCGAUCGCAAGAAACAGAAGUUCGAGCCAGUAUUUUGAUACUUCGCAAGAACCCGCGAGAACGACAACGCCUUCAAGAAAACGACAUAAAGGAGCAAGCUUAGCAAGGCACACAGAUAAUUCGGAUUCUGCAGAUAGUGGGAUUGGUCUUAGGCCAUUCAAGAUUACCCACGCAGAUAACACUGGACCCGUGAAGGAGACCUUAUUCUUCUGCUCGCAUAGUUCUUCAGGACUUGCGACGAGCAUGAACUUGCAGGAAAAGACUGAUGUUCUCAAACAACUCCGUGAAUUCGUCGCCAAGCAUAAAGUAGGAACACUCGAUACGUCGACAUUCGAAGAAGUUCCUGUUGAAUUCGAUACUGUGCAAACUGCACAGGUCACUUGA